CGCUAUACAAACAAGUCUAAAAACAUAGAAACGCUACUCACGAUGGAAAAUGAACGCAGUCUCUGCUCUGCAGAUCAGCCCAAAUUACAUAACAUGCGCUUACAAGAAAAUCUUCGAGACUGCGGCUUACAAAUCGUUACUUCAGACAGAGGACGAAAACGACACGUUAAGCUCGGACAGAGAUAUUGCCGCAAAAGCAGUGGACGCGGAGACAUUUAAAGUUCUGUCACGUUCGCCGCUUGUCCAUGUGGACAAGAGUAACUCGUGCAUUUACACUAGUGCGUCGGCGUUAGUACUUCAACGGAGCGCGAGCCAGAAUGACGAACUGUGUGCUUGGGACGUCUGCGAGAGAGCGCACUCAGCAAGCGCAUACACGCACCACCGCGUGGAUCAUGCCGGUUUCGAUGGGUUGUUCGGACGAACCAGUCGCUUUGCUAACUUUGGCGCAGCAUCGCCCAACGUGAAGAACUUCUCAUACUCGCUACGGCGGAUCCCGUCCAAGGAUCGGCUUGGGUCGUCAAAGAAACGCCUCGAUCGAAGCAAAACCAGCAGUCAGGGAUCAGCGGAACCUAACAAGCGUGACCCAGGGGUCACAACCCCCAUGGCGUGCACUACUAAAACGGCCGUUCAGCGCUUCAGACAUUUUAGGCGUUCCUGCAGUUAUAUGGACCAAUAUAGGGAGGAGUAUACCUACAAGCGACUACUCGAGUCUGCUGACAAGCAUCCUCUUCCCAACGACGCCGUGCUAUUGAGCGCAUGCGGGAGCCCAAAUUGUUCCGGGCUGGUAACGUCAUCGCAUUACGAGCACCGCUGGUACCCAAAACAGAGUGUUAAGCCACCCGCAAAAGUGUUUGAGAGCGCGACAACCACGAGCGUCAAUUACGCGGCACCUCUGCCGAAGCGUACUCCAGUAUUGAAGAAACGACCAGCGCCAAUGAUAUCAACGAAAGCGCUAGCCUCAACGCGAUAUGUCAUGCAACAAGUAACGCGGGUCAUGGAUGAAGUGUUUGGCUGCCUGAAAACAUCGACCGAUGUGCCAGUAAGUCCUGGAAUGUAUCGGAUUGGGCUAUUCGCCACCUCCCUUCAAGUGCACAGUUACAACCCGACAAAGUCGGUCCGACCGGUCGCUCGGUCUAAACAGCCUAGCGAAGGAACACUUCAGAACUCUGAACCAAUGCAGUUCAAUAGAAAUAACUAAUGCACAGCUUAGCUAAACACAAGCGGCUCGGCGCUCAGUAUUAAGAACUCGUUCCAUACCAUCCCCAUAUAGACCAUGCGUGCGACUUGAAGUUAAAAAGCAGCGUCAAUAAUAGAGUCCUUUUCACAGAUUUGACGACGGUUUGGAAAACGGGUCGGAUGCAAACUCUUAAAUAUAAUUAGACCGUCAAUGCAACUUGUGGAAAAUACAGAAAGCAAAUAUUUGUUACUUUCUAAGAUUUUAAAACGCACGAUGUGUGUUCAUAGAAUGAAACAAGUAACUUGCAAUGAAGACCAUACGAACAUGUUAUAUUCUUCAGUUUGACUUCGUACUAGUUUAUUUAUGUUAACAUACAAUUACACACAACAAGACAGACUUUGGUAUUGUUCUUUUAAUUGGAAUUGAAUUUUGUUGCCAUAUUAUUUUCCGUUAUAAAAAGUGUUUGUGAAUA